GGCUAGUUCAGCAGGUUCUGCUUGCGUUUCGCGUGUAAUACUCGUUGCGCUGCGCUGGUUCACUCAACCUAAACUCGACUAUUAUCUAUUAGUACCCGCGUAUGUUGUAGAUUCGAUAUACGGAGUCACGGUGUGUAGUUGAUGCCAGUUCCAGUCGGUGUGUUAGUACCGUUUCCUUCGAUAAAAUCGAUGGAAAACUGACCAAAUCCGCCCGUUUUCCGUUCUCGCUGCGGUAUCGAUGGUCGCGUCCGCGGUCACCGGAGGCGUUUUCGUGAUUCUGUGAAAUCUGUUCAAUCUGUGAUAGAGUACAGUUGGAGAUGUUCAAGAGACAGCGUUCGAAAGGGGGCUCAUCCGGGUCGCAAAACGGCGAUGUGCCCCAUUCUCCGGUGGAGAACCAGAGUGUCGCGCCAGUUGCUCAAUCGCCAGCAAGGAAUUCGCUGCAAUUUUACACGCAAUUGGCGCACGGGAGCCCUACGGCUUUCGUAUCGGGGUUUUCGAAUGUUAAGGAAUUGUACGAGAAAAUCGGGGAAUGUUUCGAUAUUCCACCGUCAGAAAUAUUAUUUUGCACAUUGAAUACCUACAAAACGGACAUGAAGAAACUAUUAGGAGGACAAAUUGGUUUAGAAGAUUUUAUAUUCGCUCACAGAAAAGGGCGACCUAAAGAAGUUGAAUUAAUUAAAUCCGAGGACGCUUUAGGGCUUACAAUUACCGAUAAUGGUGCUGGGUAUGCUUUUAUUAAGAGAAUCAAAGAAGGCUCUGUCGUUUAUAAUAUUUCGCAUAUUCAGGUCGGAGAUCACAUAGAAAAAUUGAAUGGCGAGAAUAUGGUCGGCAAGAGACACUUUGAAGUAGCGAAAGCAUUAAAAGACAUACCGAGAGGAAGUACAUUCACUAUAAGAUUGGUAGAACCAAUGAAGAGUGGUUUCGCGAACAUAGCUCCUAAAAUGACUAAAAUAAACGGCGUCAAAAAGGGCUAUGGCAGUGGCAAAGAAACCCUCAGAUUCAAAGCGACUGGUCAAGCCCAGAUUCAGCAACAAGACUCCACAAUGGACGCUGGGGUUGAUAAAAUCAACAACAUAUUAGAAUCCUUCAUGGGCAUAAAUGAUUCGGAGUUAGCGACGCAAAUAUGGGAGUUAUCCUUAGACAAGGGAAAUUCGAUGGAUUUCGCAGAGGCUAUUGACAAUUCCGAUCUAGCAGCCUUUGAAUUUAACGAUGACGUUAUUAUCGAACUUUGGGGAGCCGUUACGGACGCGAGAGACGGGAGGAUCUGAUUUAGAUGUAAAGAGAGCACGUGCCACAAAUUAAAUGUUUUAUCUUUUAAUGUUUGAAUAUUUUAUUAAUUAACAUGACAAUAGAGUGUUAAAUUUUGUCUAUGUUGGUUUG